AUGAUUUCAACCAUUUUAUUUGAUAUUCCAAGCAUUCUCAUUAGUGUAGGAAUAGGGAUAGUCACAUAUGUAGCGUAUUUUUAUUUCAAAUACUUCACACGUCCUAACGCGAUUCCUGGUCCAAUUCCAUUACCGUUUAUAGGGAAUCUGCAUCAAUAUCCUGGAGACAUGUCAGCAUUCUGUGAAACUUGUCAAAAAAAAUAUGGCGACAUUUGGGAAUUCUACCUUGGACAUCCAAGCGAUAAAACAAGAGGAAUCGGAUUGGGUAGAGCGGAUUUAUUAGAAAAAAUUUAUACAACAAACUUACAAGAAUGUAAUUUCAUUUUACGCACACCGCCAAAUGAUGGAUUAGACGAAUUUGGUAGCACGUCAAAGGGAUUAUUAUACAAUAGAAAUCAUGAUACGUGGACAUAUUAUCGUAAAUUUUUUAAUCGAGCUAUUAUGUCACCAAAAUUUGUUAGGCAAGCUAUAUCAUGGACGGAAGAAAUAUUUGAAGAAGUGGAAGGAUAUUGGAUGAAACUUGGUGGAGAUGAUGAAAUUGAAUUAGAUUUGUCCCAAUGGUUGCUUAGAUUUACUACCGAUGUCAUCUUUCGCAUUACGACAAAUAAAAAAACUAAUGCAUUAGCAAAUUACUUUAAUAAUAAAUCUCCAACAGAAAAGAUUAACUUGGAUGCUACAGUAUUAAAGGAGUCUGAAGACUUUAUUAAAAGAGUUAAUGAUUUUAUUACAAGUAUGCAAUAUUUCUUGUUAACACCAAAAUGGUUGCGAUAUUUCCCUGGAGGAUUUAAGCAGACAACCAUGCGAUUAUUGAAGGAGCGGGAUAAUAUGACAAAAGAUUUAUUACAAUUGGUUACACAACGAAGAGAAGAAAUCAAUAACACUCCUUUGGAUGUAUCACUUACUCCUGACAUGCUUACUAUGUUCUUGACGGUUAACACCGACAGAGAUAUUACUGAGCAAAUUGCCAAUGAAAGUAAUACAGAACCGAUGUCUGAUGAAGCUAUCGUUGGUAACUUUAUGGAAGCAGCUGCUGGAGGUAUAGAUACUACGGCAGGAACACUUUGCUUUAUCAGUUAUUGUAUGGCUCGUUACCCUGAAGCAAAGAAACGAUUAUUUGAAGAAAUCGACUCAAUUAUUACAACCAAUCAAAAAUUAACUCACGAAAAUCUUAAUAAAUUGACAUAUUGUGAUGCAGUAAUUAAAGAAGUCUCACGAUUGCUUCCAGUAGUAGAUAUUAAUUAUCGGAUGAAUACUAACGAUGAGAAUUUAGAUGGAUACACCAUUCCUGCCGAAACUCAAUUCUUUAUAAACCAGAGGGGUAUAAAUAAGCAUACAUUUAAUUGGACUAAUCCUGAAGAAUUUGAUCCUGAUCGUUUUAUUAAUAGUCAAGAUAAAAAUUUAACAUUCCAAUUUGGAGGCGGCGCUAGGAUGUGUCCUUUGAAAGCAUUUAUGGUUUUGUUGUAUCGAAAAUAUGACGUUGAAUUGAUUGAGAAUACUCCUAUGAAAACUCAUUAUACCAUCGUUAGACAUUGCGAUGAAUUAAAAGUUAGGAUCAAAACUAGAAAAUUCUAA